AUGGCACCAACUCCUUUAUUGAACAUACUCACUGAAAACAAAUUGAACGAAAAUAACUAUAAGAAAUGGAAAAGGAACCUGAUAACUAUCCUUAGCAAUGAGAAACUUAAAACAGUUCUUGAUAAUCAGUGCCUACCGACCACUCAAGCUGAGGCUAGAAAACGUUGGAAAAAGUCUGAUGAGAUAGGUCAUUGCUAUAUGCAAGCAAGCAUGACCAAUACUCUAUAUAAGCAAUUGGAGAGUUGUAAGACUGCUAAAGCAAUUCUAGAUAAGCUAGAAGACAUGUUUGAAGGCCAAGCUAUCUUGGCUCAAUAG